UUCUGAUGGUACAUGCUAGCUGCUACUGCUUUCCCUGCUGCUGCGGUUUUUCACCUGCGGGCGAAAACUGUCCACAAACACCCGCUGACUCACCGAUUUACACCGCCCCACCUUUCCGGAACGCCCGAGUGUUCGCAUCGGGGCCGCAGCCAUGGCCCUGCAAGGCCCGGAGGAGCUGGGGGAGCAGGUCGAGGAGCCGGAGGAUCUGGACGACCAGGACGCGAGUAGCAUCUCCCCAGCCGAAGAGAUCACUCUGCCCCCCGGGCCCGGAGGCGACGACGAGCCGGAGGAGGCGCUUCUGCUGCCGUGGGACCGCUUCUCCGCCUGGCUGCACUGCAUCUGUGUGGUGGGCUUUGACCUGGAGCUCGGGCAGGCGGUGGAGGUUAUUUACCCUCAUCAUUCCAAGCUGUCAGAGAAGGAGAAAACCAGCAUCUGCUACCUUUCCUUUCCUGACUCCAACUCAGGUUGCCUUGGCGACACACAGUUCUGCUUCCGAUUCCGGCAGGGAUCCAAUCGAAAGUCGUCACUCGGCUGCUUCUUAGAAACCACCGACCGAGACGCACCGCCCUGUCUGAAGAGAGAACAGGGACAUUACUACGGUUACGUCUACUUCCGUCAGGUGCGAGACAAAUCUCUGAAGAGAGGAUACUUCCAGAAGUCUCUGGUGCUGAUCAGUAAACUGCCCUAUGUCACCUUCUUCCACUCGCUGCUGAAGAUCAUGGCUCCGGAGUACUUCGAGAAGCAGGAGCCCUGUCUGGAGGCCGCCUGUAAUGACAUCGACCGCUGGCCCACGCCUCAUCCUGGACGGAUUCUCACGCUCCCCAUCAUGGGCGUGGUCAUCAAGGUUCGAAUCCCGACAAGUUACGACAAACCGGGAACAUCCCAGCUGGUGCAGUCGGCCCAGACCGACAGCCUGGUGUCCAUCGUGCUUCCCACCAUCCAUGAAGUGGACCUGUUCAGGUGUUUCCACCCGGUCUUCUUCCACAUCCAGAUGCUGUGGGAGCUGGUGCUGCUGGGGGAGGCGCUGGUGGUCAUGGCGCCGUCGCCGGCGGAGUCGUCGGACACGGUGCUGGCGCUGGUGAGCUGCAUCGCUCCUCUGCGUUACUGCAGCGACUUCCGGCCGUACUUCACCAUCCACGACAGCGAGUUCAAGGAGUACACCACCCGGACGCAGGCUCCGCCGUCGGUCAUCCUGGGAGUCACCAACCCUUUCUUCGCCAAGACUCUGCAGCACUGGCCGCACAUCAUCCGCAUCGGAGACAUGAAGCAAGCAGGAGAAAUGGCCAAACAGAUGAAAGUGAAGAAACUGAAGAACCUCAAAACUCUGGACUCCAAACCGGGUGUGUACACUGCCUACAAGCCGUAUCUCAACAAGGAUGAAGAAAUCAUCAAACAGCUUCAGAAGGGUGUUCAACAGAAGAGACCGUCGGCGGCCCAGAAUGCAAUUCUGCGGCGAUACUUCUUGGAGCUGACGCAGAGCUUCAUCAUCCCUCUGGAGCGCUACGUAGCCAGCCUCAUGCCUCUGCAGAAGUCCAUCAGCCCCUGGAAGAGUCCUCCUCAGCUGCGAGCGUUCGUCCAGCAGGACUUCAUGAAGACUCUGGAGAAGGCCGGCCCUCAGCUCACCUCCCGGCUCAAAGGGGACUGGAUCGGACUGUACAGGCAUUUCCUCAAAUCGCCGAACUUUGACGGCUGGUUCCGCAACAGGAGGAAAGAAAUGACGCAGAAGCUGGAGGCGCUGCACCUGGAGGCGCUGUGUGAGGAGGACCUUCAGGAGAGGAUCCAGAAGCACACAGAGGUGGAGUCGGUCGAUCUGGUUCUGAAGCUCAAAGACAAACUGAACCAGGCGGAGCGGGAGCAGCUGCCGGUGCGUUCGGGGACCCUGGCCAAGCUCCGGGCCCACAUCGAGGCCGUGAUCCAGGCCUUACCGGAGGACCUGCAGGGCAUCCUGCACAAGCCCGCCACGCCCUGAGCCGCAGACCCCGGCCCGCCUCCCUCCAGGACUGGGACCGGACUGAGAGGACUGCAGCAGCCGGACCCAUCCAGACUCCUUCAAACCCCCCCAGACCCCUCCAGACCCCUCCAGACCAGGUCUCAGAGCCCCCCGGCAGGUUUCUCUUCUAAGCUCCCACAGUGGAGAAAGGAGCCAUCCGACAUGACACACCCAUCAGACUCUCACUGUUUUUGGUGCACAAAACAUGUAACUGAAGGUCCGUCUGAGCCUGCGGUGACCAGGAGUGACCUCUGACCCCCAGAGACCCUAACCACCGACUCUCUCCAACGCUCUGACGGGUCCGGAGCUUUUUAACCCAUUUCUACUGAAACUAGUUUUGUGUUUUUUUUAAGUGCACUUCAUCACAGACAGGACCAGUGUGCCCAACACACACACACACACACACACACACACACACACACACACACACACACACACACACACACACACACACAUACACACACACACUUAUGCAAACAAACCGAGCUGAACCAACCAGUGCUUUAAGAUCCGAUUCUACCUAAAACCGGCAUUAAAACAUGUACACACACACACACACACUCACACACUCUUUCUCUCUCAGCUUUCAGCACCAGCGACUCCGUAACACAACACUUCCCGUAUCCAGGUCACAUGACCUCCACGCAGCCGGUGGCGGUGCCGUCUGGUGUUUUGAGUUUUUUUGUCAGACUGAAUGAGAAACUGUCGAGUUUGUUUCAAUCCUCGCAGAGCGAAGUGAUAAAAAUGCCCGAUUUCACCAACAAACACACACACACACACACACACACACAGCGAAGCUAAACGAUGCGGUUCAGUCACACUGCGGACAUUGGUUUUGCACCUUUUUUCAAGGUGUGAACUGCUUUUUGAUUAAAAAGCAGGAUACUGGAUCCUGUGUAAAAAAAAAGUCAGAGGAUAUUAUGAAACGGUCAGAUUGAUGAAAGUUUCCUUUCAGAAUAUAGAAACCUGACUGCAGUCGAGUCCAGUGAGGUUUGAAUGUCCUUCUUUUGAAUUGUAUGUUUGUCCUGGGGAGGAAACCAAAAGAAAAUUCACAUUUUUGAUGACAGGAAACACUGAUGAGGAGAAAACUGGCUGACUUGGUGCCUUCAGAUAUUUCCCCUCCUUUUUUUUGUUAAUUCAACUAAGUCUAAACGGAUGACGUUCACUGUCUACUCUGGAAACAAUCAGGUUUUUUUUUUUUUUCAUUAUCAUCCUGUCAUGCUUAAUCUGUGAAAUAAUCAGUUUAAAGACCACGAUCCAGAUUUAUUUCAGUAACGAUCCACAUUCAGAAGACUGUUUUCCUCGCUGUCAGUCAGAUCCAGCAGCGACGGAGGCGUUUCUGUGGCGCUGUAGCAGCUUUCUGUUGUCACACAGGGACACCUAGUGGUCACACACAAGUAUCACAAGCUAAUCAUUUAUUUGCUCUUUCUCUUGGCUCGAAAUGAGGAUAAACUACGCAAUUGCUCGUGUGACCCUGAGAAUAAAGACGAUGAGAGGGAAGAAACCACUCAAGUCACCACGAGAGCGUUUUUACCUUCUUUUUAUGAUACGAUUGUAAUUCUAACGAGCUGCUGCUUCACGCUGUGGGAUUCGAAGAAACAAACGUUCCCCAGCUACUAACCAAGUCAGAGCAAUAACGGUUCAGCAAGUCGUGGAUUGAUUUCAGAUCAUCUCUGUUUCUCAGAAUGAAUGACCACGACUUGUUUAGUUUUUCCUAAAUCAGCGAAGUUAUGGGAUGUUUUACAAUGUUUCCCCAAAUGCUUUGAAAUGUGUCCUUUUUGUUGUGUUGAGCAGAAACCUGGAAAGAGAAAACCCUGUGACAUCUGGUUGUUGGGCAACCAUGAGUUUUAUAUUUGUUAAAAAAAAAAAUAAUAGUAUUUUGUAACUUUGGAUUUUUAAUAAAUCUGGGAGGAGUUUUGUACAUAAAAGGUGUGAAAUCGAACAGCAGCCCACACGUUAUGGCUGUGAGGGAAUUAUUUUCCUACGUCGACUGUAUGAAAUGAAUCGGUCGAUGACGUGUUGAGAGGUUUUGAAUGGGCGGGUUUCUUUUCGCCAACAGACACGACUCGUCAAGAAGAAACGGAGAAUCAUCCUUCACAACAGAACUGAACUCCUUUUGACAGAAGUGUCUGAGCGAAGCAAACCUGCACUUUCAAAAUGCUGAAAAAGACACUAAAAUACACACAGAUGUUGUAUUUUUAUGGAAGCCAUGACCACUACGCUCAGUCUCCUCAUUAUUUUCACGCCACAGCCUGCAUCGUUUUAUUAAAGCUGUUUUCUGAUUGAGAAAGUAUUUCUCCUCAAUGCAGUAUUGGAACAUUUAGGGAAAAUAUCAAUUCUCACAGCAGCUGUUUGGAGCUUUCUUAGGCCAUCGUUACAGUUUUCAGUUCAAAUUGUAAAAAAAAAUAAAAAUAAAAAUAAAUCCCCUGUUUAAAUGUAUCCGAUCAAAUUAUAUCUGAGGAAAUGUUCAAAA